UAUUUGUAAAUAUAAAAGUACCAAACAUGAAAUUUACAACUCUAAUUUAAAAUUGAAACAAAAAGGGAGAAACUGAAGAAGACUGAAUAGUUUACCGCCAUUGUCGUCUUCCUUCGCAUUCAACACCCAUGGAAGCCAACUCUUUCGAUCCUGAUCUGAUUCACGCCAUUUUCAAGCUCGUCUGGAACAAAAGAGCUCUCGAGCGCGAGAAGAAUGAAGGUGCCGAUGCUUUGGACUGCGAGGUAGGAGCUGGAACGACGAGGAAGAGUCGGUCAACUACUGCUAAUGGAAAUGCACUGAAGCUGAGUUGUGAGUUUCUCCGAAUGUUUAUAGCAGAGGCUGUGCAGCGUGCGGCUGCGAUUGCUGAAGCAGAAGGUGUCAAUAAAAUUGAAGCAACUCAUUUGGAGAGAAUUCUUCCUCAGUUACUUCUGGAUUUCUGAGGUAUAUAAGGAAAUACUAUCAAUAAUAAAGUAUCUGCAUUGUAGCUAAUUAGAAAAAUUUCUACUAUGUUCAUAGAUGAAGACAAAAACGAGCAGUUCUGUUCAUAUCCCCUCAAUAAGAUUUUUCAUUUUCUCAUGAAUUCUAUAACUGCGUUUAAAUAUCUUUAGGAGAAUCAGCUCUUUGUUUAUUAGGUGACUUAGUUCAUUUGCUCUAAUGUAUGCAAAAAUUAGAAUUUAGCAGUUUUGGUCGUCUUCAGGUCAAUGUGUCUACAUCUGGGAUAGAAAGAGCGCUGUAUUAGAUACCACUUAAGGCUAGCUCAAAUGGUUGGACAAGUGAGUACAUACAGGUGUGGGGUACCGUUUCAAGUCCUCCUAAUUGUAUCUUAUUACAAAAGCAAAAUGUACUAGAUUGCUCCUGUGCUGCCAAGCACGUUUCUGAGUCUGAAGCAUUGAAUGUUGUAUUUCCCUUCUCUCAUUCAGUAAACAUUAAUUUCAGUCACUGAGUGUAUGAAAGCAGAGAGAGAGGGAGAAAGAGUGAGAGCAUGACUUUGGGAUGGAUGAAUGUCAACUUAAACGACUGAGUGUAUCAUUGAGUUUAAAUAGAGCUUUGUGUAGUUAGUUACAUUGAGCAUAACAAA